GAACGACAAAGCAGGAAAUAACUGCAAAAAGAAUAAGAAGGGCUUAACUAUAGUUGUUUGGAGCUAACACAAGACACUGACAGCACUGAGCAGCACAGGCAGUGAACACAGGGUUUUCUCCAGAGCACAACAAUGUUUUUAAUCCUCUACGUGGCUCUCCUCUUCUUAUUGAAGAUCAAGAGUGGCCAGCUUCAGUGUGUCAAAGGAACUGUAAAAGACAGUGAGUUUUCCAUCAUUGUGAAGACACACCUUCAAGUGGUAUCUGGCGACUGCAUUGUGAUCCCAUUUGAAAUUAUCUUUCCAAAAAACAAAGUGAAAGUCCCGUAUAAAAGGAUUUGGUUCAGGGGAGAUCCACAGAACACAGUUUCUCUGACAGUUGUUAAAAAUAAAGAAAAUUCAACAAAAGACAUUUUACGGAUAGAUGGUCUGCCACAAGGAGAGUAUGAGUAUGGCUUUAAAUUGGAAUGGGAGUGUAAUCAGAUGUAUGUGUUUCCAAAGAGGGUUCGGGUCUCAGUUUCUGCAUUAACACGAAAACCAACUGUGUUGGUUCCUCCAUUAAAGGAAGGACAGAAGUCAACAAUGAGAUGUUAUGCUCCUCGUUUGUGUUCUGCCAGAGCAAAGAUCGAAUGGAAGACGACAAAUACUUCUAAAAACACUUAUCUAGACUACACGCUUUUUAGUAUGUGGCAAGAUGAACUGGAUCUAAACCUCAUACCAUCAGCAUAUGACCACAACACCGCCAACAUCACAUGUGUGGUAGAGUAUGAAAACAACAUUCUUGCUGAGAGAACCAUCACGCUGACUGUGCAAUUUGCACCUAAGUUCAAAAAUGGUUCCCAGUGCAUGGUUAAAGGAAAGCUCCUGGUCUGUGAGUGCAUCAGUUGGGGGAAUCCCACAUCCUCCAUCACCUGGCCUGUAUCCUCUCUCACAGACUUCUCCAUUAACACCUAUAGCAAUGCCCAAACGGUGAACAGCAUCCUUACCAUGAAUGCAGCUGACUUCUUCAACACCAGUGUCAGGUGCAUCAGCAGCAAUGCACUGGGUCUGAGGGAGAUUGCAAUUCCAAUUAAAAACUACACAGGGAACUCUGUGAACUUGAAUGAGAAGGAGACAUGUAAAGUGUCCCUUCCCUGGAUAAUAGCUGUAGGUGUUUCUGUUAGUCUGACCCUGGUCCUUCUCAUCAGCCUGAUCAUCUGCUUUUACAAACGGGGCAAGAGGUCACAAGAGAAACUCUGUGAGGAGAUGAUGAACACCUACGCCUCCCUGAACAGAGCUCAAAUUGAGCAAGACUACAGCGUCAUAUCUCCGCAGCUAAGAUGAAAAGUGCUGAGUCAUACUUGUGUUAGUCUUUUUCAGUAUUGUCUUUUACAGACUAAGUGUGUGCUAUGUAUUAUUUUUGUGAUGCUCUAUACCCACCCUUUAUCGUUCUAUUACUUUCUUUCCUCUUUAUCUUAGGGCCUGGAAGGGGGGUUUCAUCGAGCCUAGUAGCCCAGGUACAUAGUGGUUGCUUGUUGCAGCAGCUCUCUCUUUGUUGUUCUUUUUUCGACUUCUUUUCUUAUCAGUUUAGUUAUCUUUGUAUUUGGAGCCUGUCA